AUGAAAUGCAUAACCAGGAUCAUCUGUCGAAGUCUGAGGAGACUUAUAAGCACAAAUGUGCCGAGAAGUUAUCAGAUUAGUCUACCUCCGAAAUCUCAAAUUGAUAAUCCAAUCAAUAUUAUCACACCCGGGAUACGACAGAAUCCAUUUUCUUCACCACCAAGCAUAGAUUUACUACAUUUACCACUAGACACUAAACCAAAUCCAUUACUACGAAUGUCUAAAGAGCAAUUAAUGAACUUGAAAAGAAAUGAGUAUAUUCAUCUAAAUAAUAUUCCAUAUGGAGAUCCAGAUGAAAUGCAAGAGUUUGCGUUCAAUGUGAUUGAAAUAGUAAAGGAGACUAUUUUAGAUGAUUCACGACUAUCAGCGAUUUUAUUGGGACAUAUUCGAGAUUCGGAAGUAUUGGACAGUAUCUCCCUACAUUUAAAACGAGAGUUCCAAAAUGACGAUUUCAAGAGAUCAAUAUUGCAAUUCAUACUAGAUCCAUCCAACAAGUACUGUGAAAGGUUUGUAUAUAGAGCCAUUAUUUCGAUAUUAAAUUUAGCAGACCAGGGCAACCUGGCCAGUGAAGUUUCGGCAUUGUUAUUGAAUUAUCUUAGACUAUUAGCACGAACAGAACUGGUAAAUGUUCAACCAUGGUUGAUGAGAUGGAAGCUUUAUGAAAGGAUGAUUGAAAUUGUUCCCGCUUCCAAAAUAGCCACAUUUUAUCUGUACCUAGUCAAUAUCAAUUUGCAUAGUGUUGCAAAAGGGAGGAAUCGAGACCUAAAGGAAAAGUUAUUAAAAGGAAGUAUCAAAGACAGAUUCAUAGCUAGAACCGGCUACAUUGAUCCAAGUGCACAUAUUUUGAAAACUGUACAUUUGGGCGAUGUACUUCAGAAUAGAAUGAUUGAGUAUUUCACAGUGGAGGAAUUGAAGAAGAAUGUCGAUCGUUUUACUAAGCUCCGUGAUCCUGCUACUGCCACUCUUUAUUUGAAUAUGAUGAUUUCCAAAUUUGAGAAGAAGUGUAUGCGAGGUCCGACACUAAUAGAUACCACUUCACCAGAAGAAGAUGUUCAAAGUUUGCUCAAAGCCAUAUUGGGAUUGGUGAUGAGAUUCAAGGGUGCACGUCACUCCAUUAAAGUAUUAUCAUAUAUGAACAAGGAAGGAAUAAAACCAGAUAAUGGAACCUACUUGAUUCUAUUGGAAAACUUGCGUCAGGCUCACUUGUAUGAUGAAGCUUUGCUUGUCUUGAACCGGGUAAAUUUAAAAACUCUUGAAAAUUGGCAAAAAGCGAAACUACUUGAAGAAAUCAUGUGGGUAGUGAAAAGGAAGUAUCCUCGUUCACCAAAGGUUCUUAUAGGUUAUGCAAUUUCGUUAUUUAAAGGAACAGACCCAAAUGAGAAUGAAACUCUAAGAUUUCUCGAUGAAUUAUAUUUAGUCAAUCCAGUAUAUGGAUCUGGAGAACCCAAAAUGUCAUAUUCGCUUGAAAUGGUACAAAAGGCUAAUGUGAGUGACUCAUUAUGUAUGUCCACUAUAAGUCCUCAAUGUUUGUCGCUUGUAUAUGGGAUUAUUCUAAGGUCUAUUCGAAACACCGAAGUGGAGAAAGUUCAAAUACUUUUUCAGAGAUAUCUAGAAUUUGUCAAAAAUCCAAAGUUUGGAUAUAAGGAGGAUAGUGAUGCGAUAGUAGGUAUGUUUGUGAGUCGUUUAUUGAAAGAUAAGCCCAACCAAGGGAUAUCUAGAUUUAGCAACAAGCGUCGAAGUAGACGUGAGUUUAGAAUUUCUAAAUCCCAGCAAAACUAUCUUAUUGCGAAAUCAGUGUUUGAGUUUUAUAAGGAGAUACCGUUGGUUGAAUCUCACAUCAGAGCGGCCAAUUUGACAUUGUUAAUACGAGUCGCUUUACUUAAGUAUAAUGAUUAUGCGUUUGCAGCAGCCGUGAUGAGAUAUUCUAGAGAGCAUGGUAAACCAAUGACUUUUGCUCAAGCAUACCCGUUUAUUAAAUAUCAUUACAUGAAGGGCGAAGAUGCUAAAGUGAAAUUAUGGUAUGAAGAACUUGUUAGACUGGGAGCAUUAUCUAAUUCCAGAGAGGGUGACGAAUUAUUUAAGAUGGUGAAAAAGUUGGGCCUUCCAGGAACUAAACAUGCAGGUAGAAGAGCUGCUGCAAAGAAAAAUCAAGCCAAGAUAGAAGCAAUGAGGAAAAUAGAAUCAGAUCCUCUUUUAUUUUUGGGAGAGACGACACAGGCUGAAGACGAUGGAGAACUAGAUAAUGAUACUGAGGAUCUUAUUUCAGGGACACGAGACUACUCGCGUGGGUUUGAAAGUGAAUUGGCGAAAGUUUUGAAUGAGAUUAUGACAAGCGAAGAAAAGUAA